ACAAGCGGACAUCACAAAUUCCUCUUCAUCUACUCCACUCUCACUCACCAUUUUCCCCCUUUCAUAAGCCAAAUCUCUCAACCAUUAUCGCAUAGUAAACAGUUCAGUGUCUCUAAAUUUUCUGAUGCGUAGCUAAAUUUACCUCAUCUUAGGCUUCCAAUGGAGGAAUUGAAGGCUACUUGGUCAGACGGGUCAGAAGAAGAGCUUGUAAGAGAGCUUCUCGACGAUGAGUCACCUUUCUUUGUGUUACCACACGAGGGAAACGAAUCCAAAUCAAGUCCGGAUCCAAAUGAAUCAUCCAUUAACAAGCUCAUGUCCACUCUUUACUCGGGGCCGACAAUCCAAGAUAUCGAUUGUGCUUUAUCGGUCACAAACUAUAAACAUCACUUUCAAGACAUUGCACAAGCCAGAUUUUCAAUAUUAGAGAAGGGUUGGAGCAAGGUUGACAACAAGUAUACUUUGAAAAUCAAUAGUUGUGGUGAUGCUAUGGCUGACGAUGGUUAUAAAUGGAGGAAAUAUGGGCAGAAAUCUAUCAAGAAUAGCCCAAAUCCUAGGAGCUAUUACAGGUGUACAAACCCUAGGUGCAGUGCGAAGAAACAGGUGGAGCGGUCCACAUACGACCCGGACUCUUUCAUCGUCACCUACGAAGGGCUUCACCUCCAUUUUGCUUACCCAUAUUUCUUGGGCGAAACACAGCAUGACAACCCACCUUCCAAGAAGCCCAAAGAGAUCAUCCAGCAGGCCCAAUCCAAUGAAGCCCAAGCGACACCAGAUGUUUCAGAAAGUCCAGUAAUUGACAUUACUGACCCGCCGCUACUGAGCACAUUUAUGGAUCAUCAACAAAAUGGAUUGGCCCAAGGAGAAAUGGGCCCACAAGGGUUGCUUGAAGAUGUUGUACCUUUGAUGAUUCGGAAUCCAACAAACAACAUGUUUUCCUCCAAGUCCUCGUCAAGUUCUUCUUAUCCUUCCUCACCUUCCUCCCUUUCUUGGUCCCCCAACUAUUCCACUUCAUGCUUUGAUAUUGGCAUUUAAACUUUAGCAUUAUUUAUAUUUCAAGUGUUGGACGGACAUAACAAAUAGGAAGUGAUUUUAUAUAUUAAUAAGAACUAAAUUGUGUGGAGCAAUAAUGAUUCAAAAUCAUGCUUCAUUUGAUGUAAAGUUAUUUUUGACCAUUCUCUGUUGUUAUUUUAUUUUAUUUUUUUUAUUUUUGGAAUUUAGAGUGUUUGGUUUGUUUGGAAGGAAGAACGAAGGUACCAGCUUUCUCAAAACACUCUUAAAAUGUAUGAUCCAACAACUUCCAUUUAAACACGAUAUGGAGGAGGGGAGGGAUUCGAGUUUGAACGUGGACAAAAAGAGUGUUUGU